CUGGCACGUAUCAACACUGACAUAAAGGUCAUCACAAGUGACUUUGGUGUCUACAUUGAGGAGAUCAGACAAGGGAAACUGGUGUUAGAACUAUGUUUGGGACGCUGGGAGGACUUUGAUUCCCUGAAAGAGGACUUUAGUUCCUGGAUGAAAGCCACCCAGCAGUUCCUAAAAGGGGAGCUUAGUGUGGAGACCUCUUUGCAGGAGAAGAGGGACCAACUCCUCAAAUAUCAGACCAAGCAUGAAGAGAUCCUUAAGAAACAGGGUGACCUGGACAAUAUAAGUGGUAAAGCCCAGGGUCUUCUACAGACCUCCCAUACCAUCACACAGCUGACCACCAACUACCAGGCCCUCAUUUCAAUGUCUAAGGAGAUUUUACGGAAGCUUGAGAGUUACUAUGGUGACCAUGACAAGUAUGAUAUGCAUCAGAAGGAGUUCAUUACAUGGAGUGAAACCACAAAACUUAAUUUGUUGACGUUACAAGAUGGAGUUGCAUCCAAAGAUGAUGUGGGCACCAAGCUUGCCAAGCUUCAGGCCAUGCAGUCCAG